AUGGCUGAAUACGACGAAGCAUACAAGGAUGAAUUUUACGACGACGGCGACGAGGGAAUCACCUCGGAAGACUGCUGGACCGUGAUCUCUUCUUUCUUCGACAGCAAGGGUCUCGUCUCUCAGCAGCUCGACUCCUUCGAUGAAUUCAUUUCCUCAACGAUGCAAGAACUGCCGAUCGUUGUCCGCCGCUACGAGUUGAAAUUCGGAACCGUCAUGCUUUCGCGACCAUCCGUCACAGAAGGUGAUGGAGCGACCACAAUCAUGUUGCCACAAGAGGCGCGUCUCCGAAACCUCACCUACGCGAGUCCCCUUUACCUUGGCGUCACAAAAAAGAUCAUGGAAGGACGAGAACGCCUGGUUGCCGACCCUGAGGACGUAGAGGGCGAUCUCGAUGCAGAUCCCAAGACCCGUGGCACAUACCUCCAGUGGGAGCAGAAGGAGCUUCCCAUGGAGCAGCAGAAGGAGGAACCUGUGUUCAUUGGCAAGAUGCCCAUCAUGCUCAAGUCCAAAUACUGUAUCUUGAAGGACUUGCCUGAGCAGGACCUCUACGCCUGGAACGAGUGCCCCUACGACUCUGGUGGUUACUUCGUUAUCAACGGAAGUGAGAAGGUGUUGAUCGCACAAGAGCGAAGUGCCGGAAACAUUGUUCAGGUCUUCAAGAAGGCUCCCCCGAGCCCGACACCUUACGUUGCUGAAAUUCGAAGUGCUGUCGAGAAGGGUUCGCGACUUCUGUCUCAGCUUGCGCUCAAGCUCUUCGCCAAGGGUGACAGCGCCAAGGGUGGAUUCGGCCCUACCAUCCGUUCAACUCUGCCCUACGUCAAGACCGACAUCCCUAUCGUGGUUGUCUUCCGUGCCUUGGGCGUUGUGUCUGACGAGGACAUUCUUAAUCAUAUUUGCUAUGAUAAGAACGAUACCCCGAUGUUGGAGAUGCUGAAACCGUGUAUUGAGGAGGGUUUCGUCAUUCAAGACCGUGAGGUUGCCUUGGAUUUCAUUGCCAAGCGUGGUUCCUCUCAGUCGAACCUGAACCACGAGCGCCGUGUGCGCUACGCCAGGGAUAUCAUGCAGAAGGAGUUGUUGCCGCAUAUCUCACAGAGCGAGGGCAGUGAAACCCGCAAGGCCUUCUUCCUUGGUUACAUGGUGCACCGUCUUCUUCAGUGUGCCCUCGGUCGCCGCGAUGUUGACGAUCGUGAUCAUUUCGGAAAGAAGCGUCUGGAUCUCGCUGGACCCCUUUUGGCGGGUCUCUUCCGUGUCUUGUUCACCCGUGUCACUCGUGACCUGCAGCGCUACGUGCAGCGAUGCGUUGAGACCAACAGGGAGAUCUACUUGAAUAUGGGUAUCAAGGCCGCCACCCUGACAAGUGGUCUGAAGUACGCCCUAGCAACGGGUAACUGGGGCGAGCAGAAGAAGGCGGCCAGCGCCAAGGCCGGUGUGUCUCAAGUGCUGAGUCGAUACACUUAUGCCUCAACCUUAUCCCAUUUGCGCCGUACCAACACACCCAUUGGCAGAGAUGGAAAGAUCGCCAAGCCGCGACAGCUUCACAACACCCACUGGGGUCUUGUGUGCCCUGCCGAAACUCCUGAAGGUCAAGCUUGUGGUCUUGUCAAGAACUUGGCACUCAUGUGCUACAUUACCGUGGGUACGCCCAGCGAGCCCAUCAUCGACUUCAUGAUCCAGCGUAACAUGGAGGUCCUCGAAGAGUUUGAGCCUCAAGUUACACCCAACGCUACCAAGGUCUUCGUCAAUGGUGUCUGGGUUGGUAUUCAUCGCGAUCCGUCGCAUCUUGUCACCACCAUGAUGUCCCUGCGCCGACGAAACAUGAUCUCUCACGAGGUCAGCUUGGUCCGUGAUAUUCGUGACCGAGAGUUCAAGAUUUUCACGGAUACUGGUCGUGUGUGUCGACCUCUUUUCACUAUUGACAACGACCCCAAGAGUGAGAAUGCUGGAUCCUUGGUUCUCAACAAGGAGCACAUUCGAAAGCUCGAGCAGGACAAAGAAUUGCCUGCAAACAUGGAUGCGGAAGACCGCCGGGAGCGCUAUUUCGGAUGGGAGGGUUUGGUACGAUCCGGAGCUGUGGAGUUGGUGGAUGCCGAGGAAGAAGAGACUAUUAUGAUUGUCAUGACGCCUGAAGACUUGGAAAUCUCCAAGCAGCUCCAGGCCGGCUACGCGCUGCCAGAGACUGAUUCGGAUGACCCCAAUAAGCGAGUCCGUUCCAUUCUCAGUCAGCGGGCACACACUUGGACACAUUGCGAGAUUCAUCCCAGUAUGAUUCUCGGUGUCUGUGCCAGUAUCAUUCCUUUCCCCGAUCACAACCAGUCUCCUCGUAACACCUACCAAUCUGCCAUGGGUAAACAAGCCAUGGGUGUGUUCCUGACGAACUUUGCACAGCGCAUGGAGACCAUGAUGAAUAUUCUUUACUAUCCUCAGAAGCCUCUCGCGACAACUCGGUCCAUGGAGUUCUUACGUUUCCGUGAAUUGCCCGCCGGUCAGAACGCCAUUGUGGCCAUCUCCUGUUAUUCUGGUUACAACCAGGAAGAUUCCGUCAUCAUGAACCAGAGCAGUAUCGAUCGAGGUCUGUUCCGCAGUCUCUUCUACCGCACAUACACAGACUCGGAGAAGAUGGUUGGCUUGACAGUUGUGGAGCGCUUCGAGAAGCCAAUGCGAUCUGAUACCAUUGGUAUGCGCAAGGGUACAUACGACAAGCUGGACGAUGACGGUAUCAUUGCCCCAGGUGUCCGUGUUUCCGGUGAGGAUAUUAUUAUCGGAAAGACCGCACCUUUGGCUCCCGAGGCCGAGGAGCUCGGACAGCGCACUAAGGCUCACACCAAAAUUGAUGUUUCCACGCCUCUCCGUAGCACAGAGAGUGGUAUCGUGGAUCAGGUGUUGGUCUCGACUGGUGGUGACGAACUCAAGUUCGUCAAGGUUCGCAUGCGUACCACCAAGAUUCCCCAGAUCGGUGACAAGUUCGCUUCUCGUCACGGUCAGAAGGGUACUAUUGGUAUCACCUACCGACAGGAGGACAUGCCCUUCACUCGUGAGGGUAUUGUUCCCGAUCUGAUCAUCAACCCGCACGCUAUUCCCUCUCGUAUGACAAUUGCUCACUUGAUCGAGUGUCAAUUGAGUAAGGUGUCUUCCCUGCGUGGAUUCGAAGGUGAUGCCACUCCCUUCACCGACGUGACAGUCGAUUCCGUCUCCCGCCUGCUCCGCGAGCACGGCUACCAGUCCCGUGGAUUCGAGGUCAUGUACAACGGAUAUACCGGCCGCAAGAUGGUGGCACAGGUUUUCCUCGGCCCGACCUACUACCAGCGUCUGCGCCAUAUGGUCGACGACAAGAUCCACGCGCGUGCCCGUGGCCCAACCCAGAUCUUGACCCGCCAGCCCGUGGAAGGUCGUGCCCGUGACGGUGGUCUCCGUUUCGGAGAGAUGGAACGUGAUUGCAUGAUCGCUCACGGAGCCAGUGCUUUCCUGAAGGAGCGUCUGUUCGACGUGUCUGAUCCUUUCCGCGUGCAUAUUUGCGACGACUGCGGUCUGAUGACCCCUAUUGCAAAAUUGAAGAAGGGCCUCUUCGAGUGCCGCCUCUGCAACAACAAGCACCGGAUCUCGCAGGUGCACAUUCCCUACGCCGCCAAGCUUUUGUUCCAGGAGCUGGCCUCGAUGAACAUUGCCGCGAGGAUGUUUACCGACCGGUCUGGCGUGUCGGUGCGGUGA